AUGGCGCUGGGCUCGGCCGCGCUGCCCGCUCGGAACAUGGCGGGGGGCGGCCGGGGGGCGCGGGUCCUGCUGCUGCUCCUCCUCCUCAGCGGCUGCUGGGGCGAGCAGCCCCCGGCCGCCGCCGCCGCCGGCGCCUCCUCGGCCGGGGGCAGCGGGGCGCCGGGCGACGCGGAGGAGACGGUGAUCAUCGGGCUGCGGCUGGAGGACACGGACGACGUCUCCUUCAUGCAGAGGGGCGCGCUGCGGGUGAGCGAGCGGACGCGGGUCAAGCUGCGGGUCUACGGGCAGAACAUCAACAACGAGACCUGGAAACGCAUCGCCUUCACCGAGCACGAGAAGCAGCCGGGCGGGCGGCCGCCGGCCGAGCAGGAGGACGGGCCGCCGGAGAGCAGCUCCCCGCAGCGCUGCGGCAUCCGCACCUCGGACAUCAUCAUCCAGCCGCACAUCGUGCUCAAGCGCCGCACCUCGGGCAUCAUCGAGAUCGACAUCAAGCCCCUGCGCAAGACCGAGAAGAGCAAGUCCUACUACCUGUGCGUGUCGCGCCCGGCCGCGCUGGAGGCCGCCGGCCCCGAGACCACCUGGGUCUACCACGACGGCGAGGACACGAAGGUGAUCGUGGGCGAGGAGAAGAAGUUCCUGCUGCCCUUCUGGCUGCAGGUGAUCUUCAUCUCCCUGCUCCUCUGCCUCUCGGGCAUGUUCAGCGGCCUCAACCUGGGCCUCAUGGCUCUGGACCCCAUGGAGCUGCGCAUCGUGCAGAACUGCGGCACCGACAAGGAGAAGAACUACGCCAAGCGCAUCGAGCCGGUGCGCCGCCAGGGCAACUACCUGCUGUGCUCCCUGCUGCUGGGCAACGUGCUGGUCAACACCACCCUCACCAUCCUGCUGGAUGACAUCGCCGGCUCCGGGCUGGUGGCCGUCGUGGUCUCCACCAUCGGCAUCGUCAUCUUCGGCGAGAUCGUGCCGCAGGCCAUCUGCUCCCGUCAUGGCUUGGCCGUGGGUGCCAACACCAUCUUCCUCACCAAGUUCUUCAUGAUGAUGACCUUCCCAGCCUCCUACCCUGUCAGCAAGCUGCUGGACUGUGUGCUGGGCCAGGAGAUCGGCACGGUCUACAACCGCGAGAAGCUGCUUGAGAUGCUGCGGAUCACCGACCCUUACAACGAUCUGGUCAAGGAGGAGCUUAACAUCAUCCAAGGGGCGCUGGAGCUGCGCACCAAGACAGUGGAGGAUGUGAUGACCCCACUCCGAGACUGCUUCAUGAUCGCUGCUGAGGCUAUUCUGGACUUCAACACCAUGUCUGAGAUCAUGGAGAGUGGCUACACUCGCAUCCCCGUCUUCGAGCGUGACCGCUCCAACAUUGUGGACCUGCUCUUCGUCAAGGACCUGGCCUUUGUGGACCCAGAUGACUGCACCCCGCUCAAGACGAUCACUCGCUUCUACAGCCACCCACUGCACUUUGUCUUCAACGAUACCAAGCUUGAUGCCAUGCUGGAGGAGUUCAAGAAAGGCAAAUCUCAUCUGGCAAUAGUACAUCGAGUCAACAAUGAAGGGGAAGGAGACCCUUUUUAUGAAGUCCUGGGGAUUGUCACGUUAGAAGAUGUGAUUGAAGAAAUCAUCAAGUCUGAGAUUCUAGAUGAAACUGAUUUGUACACUGAUAACAAGACGAAAAAGAAAGUAGCCCAUCGGGACAGGAAGCAGGACUUCUCUGCCUUCAAACAGACAGACAGUGAGAUGAAGGUUAAAAUAUCACCACAGCUCCUCCUGGCAAUGCACCGUUUCCUGGCAACAGAAGUAGAAGCAUUUGGCCCAUCCCAGAUAUCAGAGAAGAUCCUCCUAAGGCUCCUAAAACAUCCUAAUGUCAUCCAGGAGCUGAAAUACGAUGAGAAGAACAAGAAAGCCCCAGAAUACUACCUCUACCAGAGAAACAAGCCUGUCGACUACUUCAUUCUCAUUUUACAGGGGAAAGUGGAAGUGGAGGCUGGGAAAGAGGGAAUGAAGUUUGAAGCUGGUGCUUUUUCCUAUUAUGGGGUGAUGGCCCUCACAACAUUGCCAGUUCCCUUGUCCCUGUCUCGUACCUUUGUUGUCAGCAGAACAGAAUUAUUAGCAGCAGGUUCUCCAGCUGAAAACAAGUCACCCCCUCGUCCUUGUGGCGUGAACCAUUCGGACUCUCUAAAUAGAGGUGAUCGCAUUGAAGCGGUGACACCAACGUUGGGAAGCAGCAACAACCAGCUGAAUGCAUCUUUCCUUCAGGUGUACGUCCCAGACUACUCAGUGAAAGCACUCUCAGAUAUUCAGUUUGUCAAGAUCUCAAGACAGCAGUACCAAAAUGCCCUGAUGGCAUCCCGGAUGGACAAGACACCUCAGUCCUCGGACAGUGAAAACACUAAAAUCGAACUGACUCUUACUGAGCUGCAUGAUGGUUUGUCGGAUGAGACGGCAAACCUGCUGAAUGAACAGAACUGCGUGAUGCACAACAAGUCCAAUCACAGUAUGCACAGCGAAGGCCCCAUCUAGGAGCUAACAAUCUGCAUCCUUUCCCACCCAUCACUUCAGCAGGACCAGUCAUCACUCCUCCUUGACUGCAAACGCUCUUAGUAUGUGCUUGCAAUGCUGUGCUGCAUCCAGUGUUCUGAGACCAAAGACUUAGCGCCCUUCCUGGGAGCAGAAGAGGAAGAAACGAGAACACAGCAAGACAAAAACCAAACAAACGUUGGGCAUGGUGAGUGCCUCUUGGAGAACGAUGGGAUUCUUCCUCGCAAAGUAGAAUCGUGUUUAUUUUUUCAGCCGUAUCUUUGACCCUCAUUGGUUUCCCCUCCUUCCUAGAUGCACGGAGAAGUUUUUAAAACUGCUCUGAUUAUUUUUUCAAGAGAGAUCAUGUUUUUAAAAAGAAUUUUGCAGAGUUUUAAAUGGUUGCUGUCCCUCCCCUCCCCCGAAUAGGCUCUGUUGUGACUUUGUGAAUCAGCUCCAGUGUCAUAGACCUGUUUCCACCCCUCCUUUUGGUCCUGUCUGUUGCCCUGUUGUUAAAACAGCAACUGGUACCCAUAUGUAUUUGUGUCCUGAGAACAAAGAAUGGAUGAGACUUCAAGGAACUUGUGGCUUAGCAGUAUGGAAGUUUGGGGGAAUGGGCAUUAUUUUCUCCCCAGUUGAGCUUCAGGGAAGGGGUAGUUAUUUUGGUUGCACGUGUUCAUAAUAUCUGAAAUUUCAGAUGGUUCCUUGUAAAACAAACAAAAAGAUUGUUACAUUUACAGUUUUGUAACCUCCACAGAUGUUGUGUAUUUUGAAUAUGAAGGUGGGUUUUUAAUUGACAUAACUGCAGUCUCAUCAAAUUACAGACCGGGAUAAAUUUCCCUAGUAGUGUACUGGGCAAUUUUUGUCCCCCUGGAAUUUGCAUUAAUGUUACUGGGAAUCACAUGGUCAAGUUCCCUGCCUCCCCUGCUGUACUGAAAGCGUGAACCCCAAAAUGUCAAAUCUCAGAUUCUAACAUACUGAAGUAGUCUGUGUUCCCUUUGCUUUAACCAAAGCAUAUUUGCAGGGCAUGUUAAAUAACUGGGAUAGAAUUCAGGACAAAUCAUUCCCCCAGUAUUACUGUUCGUGUUAAGACAAAAGAUGCUGCUACAACAAUGUCCAAAGCAAAUCCUCCAGGUGGCUCCUAAACCUUUGCCAUUGCAAGAUGGAUUUCAUGGUGGAGUGAGGGCCUUCCUGAUCUCCCCAAAGACUGACCAAGAACUUCCACUACAAGCUUGAUCUGUAUUUUGUGGAGGGAGUUUGAGGGAGUAUAUUGUACUUCAGGGAUUGGAGAGGUUAGUCUCCAGGCAAUUCCCCUAUUUUUGAGGAGCUGCUGGAUUUCCUUCCCUCUUCCCUUUUAUCUACUGUUCUUCUAGCUGUCCACAGUAGCGUCCUCCAUGACUGCCAUCAGUGCCACUCCACCUGCCCAUCCCAGGCAUCCCAGAGCCUGGCCUCAGAGUGGAGGGGAAAUGCGUUCAUUGGGAGGUCACUGUGUUGUAUAUUGUAAACCCCCAAAAUGCAGAGUCUAUCAGUGAGCAAAUGCUGCAUGGUGGUUUCUCUGUUGACUUUCAGUCUGCGCUGCUCAAAGAACAUCCCGUGGCCUGAUUGU